UUCUUUUUCUGCGUCGUUUUCCUCCUUGCGUGAUUUCCUGAACAUAUAUUUUACUUCAUCAAGAAGAAAAAUCAGUACUCUUCUUUUGUUCUAUCGCACUCUCCUUAAAUUAUUCUCUUUCCUGUUUCCUGUUUCCCUGCACUCUCGAAUCUUCAUCAUUUCGUCUGGAUGGGUGAUCUUCAACAAUCCGGUUCAGCUCCAUCUUGAGGGGGGAAAUCUGCUGAAGUUGAAGUAUACUACUGAAUGUCCUCGACUGGCAUGUGUAGCUUGCCCUUUUGAUUGUCAUUGAGAUAGGCACUACCUGUGAUGCCAAACGAUGUGCCUUCAUGAUGAAAGCUCUGUCUUUGAGAUCCAUAAGGUUAUGUCUCUGCUAUUGCUUCAUGCCCUACAAGAGUGGGUCAAAAUUCUUUAGCUCAUUUCUUAUCAUUUCUCUGAUGCAUAGUUGGCACACAAGUUUUUUAGAGUGCCAUUCACAUCAAUACAUGAUCUAUGUGAAGGUGGCGUAAUAAAUUUUUCCAUAUAUACAUAUAGUUAUAGUUAUACUCUUCCCAUUUGUAAAUGAUACUCUUUUAUGUGAAUGAAGUGGUAAUGUAUUAUUUCAUCUCACUGUGAGAUUUGACAUGGAGAAUAAACCAAAUAUAUUGAUGCAAAGAUAUGAAUUAGGAAGGUUGUUAGGCCAAGGUACCUUUGGAAAGGUAUACUAUGCCCGCAGUACAAUAACUAACCAGAGCGUGGCUAUUAAAAUGAUAAACAAGGACAAAGUUAUGAAAUCUGGACAAGCUGAACAGAUCAAGCGGGAAAUAUCUGUAAUGAGACGUGUGAAACAUCCCAAUGUUAUACAGAUUUAUGAGGUUAUGGCCACCAAAAGUAAGAUUUACUUUGUUAUUGAAUAUGCUAAAGGCGGUGAGCUCUUUGACAAGGUGGCCAAAGGAAAGCUCAAAGAAGAUAUUGCUCAUAAAUAUUUUCAGCAGCUAGUGAAUGCCAUAGACUUUUGUCAUAGUAGAGGCGUUUACCACCGUGACAUAAAGCCAGAGAACCUUUUGUUGGAUGAAAAUGGGAACCUAAAGGUUUCUGAUUUCGGAUUGAGUGCUCUAGCUGAAUCCAAGAGACAGGAUGGCUUACUACAUACACCUUGCGGCACGCCUGCCUAUGUUGCUCCUGAACUCAUCAAAAGGAAAGGUUAUGAUGGUGCUAAAUCUGAUACUUGGUCUUGUGGAGUUGUUUUGUUUGUCUUACUGGCAGGUUAUCAUCCUUUUCAUGAUUCAAAUUUGAUAAUGAUGUAUAGGAAGAUUUCCAAGGCGGACUUUAAAUUCCCUACUUGGUUCUCCCCAGAAGUACGUAGACUGCUGAUGAAGGUUUUGGAUCCAAAUCCUGAUACUAGAAUUCCCCUAGCUGAGAUUAAGGAAUCUUCUUGGUUUAUUAAAGGGCCAUGUCCUAGAGGUGGGAAAUCUGAAUUGGGGAACAAGAAUGUCUCCACAUCAGGUACAAAGCCCUGUGAUCAAACCGACGAAAGUGAUAGUAUAGCAGCAGAAGCAACACAAGAGUCAGUUGUUCCCACAAGUAUAAAUGCUUUUGACAUCAUCUCCCGUUCUAAAGGUUUUGAUCUAUCUGGGUUCUUUGAAGAUAGUUUCAAGAAGAGAGAAGCCAGAUUUUCUUCAAGGCAACCAGCCUCAGUCAUAAUCUCCAAGCUGGAAGAAAUCACCAAGCGUCUGAGGAUGAAGAUAAAGAAAAGAGCUGCAGGUUUGCUGAAAUUAGAGGGCCUCAAGGAAGGUAGAAAAGGGACUCUAGGCAUUGAGGUGGAGAUCUUCGAGGCUGCUCCAUUUUUCCAUUUGGUUGAGAUGAAAAAAUCAAAUGGAGACACUUUGGAAUUUCAGAGCAUAUUGAAAGAGGAAAUUAGGCCUGCUCUUAAGGAUGUCGUUUGGGUUUGGCAAGGGGAUCAGCAGCAACAAUCACAGCCAUCAGAGGACCAGAUACAGAUGCAUGACCAGCCAGUAACACCAUCCACAUCUGUAACACAUUCUUAAUUUGAAGCCCAGUGUCUCUUCAAGUGUUUCACCUUUCACGGUAUGCCCAUUUUGCAGUCAUGUUACUUUUGCACAUCUGAUGUAGCUAUGAUCUUAUUGCGAAAUAAAUUUUAGUUGUCUCGUAUUCAUGAUUCAAUUUGUUUCCAAUGACUUGAAGAAAAUAAUAUCAUCCUCCAAGCUUCGGAUUUCCUAUAGUAAAAA